GGUUGCGUUAGGCCCUUCGUAUCUCUCGGUCGCGGUUGGAUUGCACGCACACUAAAGCCGCGCUGUUUGAACGAGUUGUGUAUAAAAAUUGAGAGCCACACCUCGCGGACGGCGGUUUCCAUCAUCUUCUUUGCGCAGACAUCGGUCGUGCUGGUUGAUACCGCGGUUUUAACUCCAGGUUGACCUUGAGCGUUUUUGUUCGGCACAAAGUGUGAUUUGUUUGUUUCUUUGGUGUUGUGAAAACUAUUUAUAUACCUUGUAUACAAUGGCGAACCCGAAUCAGGAAAUUAAGUACACCAAGAUCUUCAUCAACAACCAGUUUGUGGAUGCAGUAAGUGGAAAGACCUUUCCCACGGUGAAUCCAUCCACUGGCAAGAAACUGGCCGACAUUGCCGAAGGUGAUAAGGCCGAUGUUGAAUUGGCAGUGAAAGCAGCCAAGACUGCCUUUGUACGCACGUCCACUUGGCGCCAGAUGGAUGCCUCUGCCAGGGGUGCUCUGCUCUGGAAGCUGUCUACCCUGAUGGAACGUGACGCUAAUGUGCUCGCUUCGCUUGAAUCGCUGGACAAUGGAAAACCAUUCCCAAAUGCCAUGUACGAUGUGCAGGGUUCGAUCAAAACGUUCCGAUACUAUGCCGGGCUGGCUGACAAGGUCGGGGGUGAUACGAUCCCAUCGGAUGGACCUCAUUUCACGUACACGCGCAAAGAACCCGUCGGUGUGGUGGGACAGAUUAUUCCCUGGAACUAUCCGCUAGCUAUGUUGGCAUGGAAAUGGGGACCGGCUCUGGCCGCUGGCUGCACGAUUGUCAUGAAGCCGGCCGAACAAACGCCGCUGACCGCUCUGUACAUGGCGGCGUUAUCGAAGGAAGCUGGCUUCCCGGAUGGUGUUAUCAAUGUUGUGCCUGGCUACGGUCCGACGGCUGGUGGAGCCAUCAGCUCUCAUCCGGAGAUUCGUAAGGUUGCCUUCACUGGUUCGGUUGAAGUAGGAAAGAUAAUUAUGGCAGCAGCAGCCACUAGCAAUCUGAAGAAGGUUUCUCUGGAGCUGGGUGGCAAGAGUCCGCUCGUCAUCUGCGAAGAUGCUAAUGUUGACCAGGCGGCUAUGAUUGCCUACAUGGCAGUGUUCGAGAACCAGGGACAGUGUUGUAUUGCGGCUACGCGUACCUUUGUACACGAGAGCAUCUACGAUCAGUUCGUCCAGAAAGCGAGCGAACUGGCAAAGGCGCGCAAAGUUGGCAACCCGUUCACGGAAGGAACUGUUCACGGGCCACAGAUCGAUGAUACGCAGUACAAGAAGAUCCUCGGCUACAUCGAGGUCGGUCAGAAGGAGGGUGCGAAACUGGUCACUGGAGGCAAGACGGUCGGCAACGAGGGCUACUUCAUUGAGCCUACGAUUUUUGCCAACGUCACGGACGACAUGACAAUCGCGAAGGAAGAAAUAUUCGGCCCGGUGCAGAGCAUUAUCAAAUAUCGCACACUGGAUGAGGCGAUCGAACGCGCCAACAAUACCUCGUUUGGAUUGGCCGCUGGUAUUGUCACGAAUGACAUCAACAAGGCUCUCACAUUCAGCCAUGCGGUGGAAGCUGGGUCCGUUUGGGUCAACACUUACCUGGCCGUAGUAAACCAGGCUCCGUUCGGCGGUUACAAGCAGUCCGGCAUUGGGCGUGAGCUGGGCAAAGACUCGCUCGAAGGUUACCUGGAGACAAAAUCCGUCUCCAUCCGACUUCCAGCUAAAAUUUAAAAGGGUCUGCUUUUCAGCGAUUACACUUAUCAAGAUUUACGAUUGUUGCUUUGUCGUGCUCUGUUGUUAUUCAAAACAAAUACAUCUUCAUCUUUACCUGUA